GAGAAAAUAUAGCAAAAAUAUUAAAUACCCCCACCCCCUAUCUCUCACACACACCCCAACCAACUCCACCGCCAUUCCUUUCCUCCUCAUCUAUAGAGUAAAUUGGCGGUAUAAAGGCGUGAAUCCUUUUUCAAAAUAUCUUCUCUGCACAAUUUCUCUCUGAAAUCCAAUUUUCUAUUUCCUUUUCGAUCAGUCGACUUAACAUUUUCCGAACAUUUCUACCAAAUGGAUCGUCUUAUUGAUGAGGUUUAUGAUGGUAGUUCCUCCUCUUUUUCAGUUUGGCAGCAAAAAUUCCUUGAUGCUCUAAAACCACAGAAGAGAAUCGGGUACCAAAAGUUCAUUGACGGAACGGUUUCGGUUCCAACGGAUGAAAAUUCUUUCACCUAUGCUGUAUGGAAGAAGCACAAUUCAACUGUUUUUAAUUGGAUUGUCAAUUCAGUGAGCGAUGAAAUUCGCGCCGUUGUUGCUAAUGAAAAAUUGGAAACUGCGAGAGAUUUAUGGAUAUUUCUCGAAUCUAAUUGUGCUUUGAAAUCUGGUUCAAAGCUUUUGAUGGAGUUUAAUGAGUGCUUGCAAGUGUUUGAACUUGCUAAAGGUACCUUCAAUGCGAAGGUAGACACUCCGAGAAACUGCAUUCUUAGAUUUGAUGGAAAAGGAAGGUUUCUGGAAGAGUUUGAUGAGAAUAAAUUGAAAUUCAUGGUGUUUGAGUUUGAAAACAAUGUGAAGAUGGACAUUGAAUCCGAUGUAAUGGAGAAUUUGGAACGAUUAGGGAGGGCUGAAAGAAGAAGAUCAACCGGAGGAAUUGGAUGUGGAUGGGAGAAUUUGCUUCCCAAGUAUAACCGUCACAGGGAAAUAAAAGACUUUUCCAGAUAUGCAUUUGGUGGCGUAUCGACAGGUUUUGGGAAGGCUGGAAACACUGUAGAAGAGGAUGCAAGGGAGGAUGCGGAGGAUGCUGGGAACGUUGAGGAUGAUGCUGAGGAGGGAUAUGAUGCUGAGGAUGCUGCUGAUGAGGAGUUGAGGACUCAACCUCCCUCUCCUCCUAUCACGACUCAUGACUCACCUUAGUGCAAGAGAUGAAGCCUACCAAAUUACCUGCUUCCACAGCAAAAAAAAAAAAAAAAAACUGUGAAUAUUUGAUCAUUUUGUGGACACCUUUACAUGCUACUGGCAUAUGCUGGGUGAAUUUGGGUGCCAAAAUUGCUAAUGAUUGCAUUUUACAAAUGAUUGCUUGAAUCUUUCUUGGCAUCAAAAUUAUGAAAUAUUGCUUAGUAAGUUUUCUUUAAAAUCCAUGGACUUGGACAUUUUGUCAUGCGAAAAUGCAACUGUUAUUGCCACUUAGUUAUGACCAUCAUGAUUGAGAUAAA